CUCAGCGCUCACUGUGUGAAUGCAAGUCAGCAGGCGAGAGGAAGUGUGUGAGGGUGAUAGGUGCAGAGUGUGUGUGGUGUGUGUGAAACAGAGAAAGGCAGUUGCACUCUGUGUCCGUGCAGAAACGAAAACGAGGCAGCCGGUGCAGUGUUUUUACGUCCUGCACCCCUCCUCUGCCUCUCUGAAGACUAUACCACCACCGGGGACUCACUCUGUGGACUAUUCCGACUGCUUCCCACUCCGCUGGCCUAUGAAGGGAACACCUGUGUGUGUCUAGAGAGAGUCGAGACGUCUCGGCGGACUUAGCCCUUGAGAGCGGGGCGGGUGGAUGACUACAGUGGAUGAGGGUUUGGCCGGUGGAAGGAGGGAGACUGCUGAACAUGGGCUCCCCUCUGUAGUUAACGGGGCUGGUGAGGAGGAGCAGGUUUUCCCGGUCAUCAUGUGCACUCUGACCUCUCCUGUGCCCGAGUGCCAGUUGUUCCCUGAAGAGGUGGGGGAGCCUGAGGAGGGGGUAGCAGAAGAGGGCAAAGAGAAGGAGUCAGACCGAGACAGUGCUGUGGAAAGCUCCCCGGGGUCUGACUCUUCAGACGGUCUUACCAGACUUGUGGACAAGGAAGACGCACUGGGAGAUCUCUUUUUCUCUGGGGACAAGUGUGCUCAGGCUAGUAUCUCUGUAACCUCCAACCUUUCCACACGUUCCUCUGCCUCAUUGAACGAAGAGCAGUUUGAGGACUAUGGAGAGGGGGAGGAACCAGAAUACGCUCCCAGCAGUCCCUCUCCAGACGACGAGUCUCGGACUAACGGCUGCUCCGACCUCGGCUCAUCUGUACCAUCAAGCGCAGGGCAGACACCUCGGAAAGCGCGUCAUCAGUACACCAGCGAGCUAAUGGAUGUCUACUGUUCUCAGUGCAGCAAGAAGGUCAACCUGCUCAAUGAUCUGGACGCUCGCCUCAAACACCUCCGGGCUAACAGUCCCAGCAGAAAAAUCUCCAGCACUGCUUUUGGAAGGCAGCUGCUCCAUAACAGCAACCUAAGCAGCCGUAACGGCAGUACAGAAGACCUUUUCAGAGACAGCAUUGACUCCUGUGACAUCGAUAUCAAUGAGAAGGUGAGUUCUCUUGAGAAGAAGGUAGCUGAACUCGAGAAUGAGAUUCUGAUGAAUAGUGACUUAAAGUCUAAACUGAAGCAGGAGAACACACAACUAGUACACAGGGUAAAUGAGCUAGAAGAGCAACUGAAGGACCAAGAGACUCGCGCCGAGCAAAAUCUCCAGGAGGAGUUGAGAAGACACAGAGAAGCCUACACCAAAAUGGAAAGAGACAAGAACACACAGAUAGAGCUACUGACCAGUCGUGUUAAGCAUCUGGAAGAGGAGAACAGCGAGAUGUCUAUUAAUAUGUGUCGACUCAAGUCACAGACAGAAAAACUUGAUGAGGAGAAGCAAAGAAUGACAGACAAGCUGGAGGAUACUAGUCUGCGGCUGAAGGAUGAGAUGGACCUGUACAGAAAAAUGAUGGAUAAACUGAAACAAAACAGAGAGCAGUUUCAGCAAGAAAAAGACGCCAUGCAGGAGUUAAUAGAAGACUUGCGUCGAGAGCUGGAGCACUUGCAGCUCUUCAAACUGGAGGCAGAGAAGCCCGGUCGGAGCCGCAGCUCCUCGUCUGGACUUGCAGACUUUACCAGCAGGACCAGAGAGGUGGAGCUCGAGCAUGAGGUCAAGAGACUGAAGCAGCAAUGUGCGUCCCAGGACUUUCUUCCCUCUGACCUCCAUCUCCUGGUGUUGUCUGGGGCUCAGCGCUGCCCCGGGCUCAUGGAAACCCAGAAGCUGAGGGAGCAAAACGACGACCUGAAUGGUCAGAUCCUCAGCAUCAGCCUGUACGAAGCCAAGAACCUGUUUGCCACCCAGACCAAGGCUCAGUCUCUAGCCGAUGAGAUAGAUAACGCCUCCAAAGAUCAGUUAAUAGAAGCCCUGAAGGAGCAGGAGGACAUCAAUUUAUGCCUGCGGCAGUACAUGGACAAGAUUAUUCUGUCCAUCUUGGACCACAACCCCUCCAUUCUGGAGAUAAAGGACUAGCAGACGCCUAACUGGGUGUGGAAAUCAUCAAUCCUAAUCUCGGAAAAUGGUUCCAGUUAUCUGUUCCGAGAUUCUGUACCGGAGGAAGGCAAAGAUGACCGGACUCUGUCUUGUGUAAAUGGACCUGCUUUGCCCGCUGCUGUUUGAUCUGAAGACUGUUUCUCUCCACACAUUGAGAUUUAGCGCUGAAGUUGAGGCACUCAUCUCAGUGAGCGACUGCUGAACAGCUGAUGGUUAUGCAAAUGUGACUCAGUCGCCUCAGUCUGCACUGUUUUCAUACUCUGCUGCUGUGUUCUGUUGUUGUCACAACUUUUGUUUUUUGUUACAAGCUGGUAGUUUCUAACCAGGAAUAACCUGAACCCGACCUGCUUUUAAGAUUGACACAGUCAGUCAGUGGAGGACGCUGGAAUUAAUCUGGAGGGCAUAAACACUAGAACAGUCUCACAAAUCUUACCUUCAUGGAAUAAUUGCUGUAUUAUUGAAAAACAGGAUGACUGGUAGGGUCUACUUUUUGGAACAACAGAGAGUCAGAUAAAAAAAGAAAAUAAGACGGUUACCCUGUGUAAGACAGACAUGAAGGCAGCCUCGUUGUUGCCUGACCUGUUUAUUAGAGAGGAUGAAUGCACAUUAUCACUAAUUUGGACGAGCAUGUAUUAUGAAAAGACAAGGUAAGGAAAGAAGGAAUGUUUUGGAAGUUAAAACAAAUAAUACAGAAAGUGUUGGGAAUGUUGGGCUCUACACCCUGCAGAAAAAAAAGAGUAUUUUUUGUGAAAUCAGGUACACUAAAGAUGCUUUUUUAAAAUCUUUUUCAAUCUUAAGAACACGUCUUCCAAAACAAAUUGCAUCCAUAUCAAUCAGAACAAUGGUCCUUAGUUGGCUUAGAGGUGUUGGACUGAUCGACAGAAGCUGUAGCCAAGGAAUGUCUUUAAAUUGUAAAGUAAAGCCUGAGCUGAAAAAGAUUCCCACUUGGUAGUGAUAUACCCAAACAAUGUUGCACAGGAAAGUUUUGAUAUGAAUGUACGUGUUUGUGUGGUGGAGUUGCGUCCGCGUGAUUGAUGGUCUCUGUAACGGGCUGUUUUGAUUCAGAUAGACGCCCGGAGAGAUCGACUUACAAACAAGAUGUGAGCGUGCACAGAAGACUCACUUUUUGGUACCGAAGACUGGAUCAGCAACCCCAUUGCCACCUUCUAGCUACAUAUGUUAUUUACAUAACGCCCUGAUUUGCUCUGUGUAAUUAAUAAACUGCUGUAAAUAUAAUGAAUGUAGAACUAAAUGUUUCACUUCCUGUGUGGCCAAAAGGGCAUUUGUAAUUUAAAUCUCUGUAACACGUUUAAACACGUGAAGUAUUUAGUACUGUAACAAGGAGUGCUUUACAGGGAUAACUUGUAAUUUUUGAAGUGAGAUUUUGAUAAAAGCUUCUAAACAGGUAAUCUCUUACCUGCAGCAGAUCGAUCUCUCCUGGUUAUUUAGUAUAAACCUAGAUUAGUUGGUCCCAGAGGCUAAUGCUAAUGGCCAGUCUAGAGUUUUUCCAUCUUAAAGCAAAUAUAAUCUUGUGCAAUUACUGUUUUAUAAAACCUUUAAACGAUUAUCAUGUUUGCAUUGGGUGUCUUCUUUUUUUAUGAUAAAAUUGAUGAUUACUUACAUGGAAUAUGGAAGUUGGAGCCAGUGCAUUACCAAAGACCUUCCCAUGUGAAACACAGACUGAGAACAGAAUGUGUAAAGUAAAGCAUUUCCAUUCAGACUAAGUUCCAAGUAGAAAAGAAAAACGGUGCAAUAGGCAAAAAUAUUACUUUGGUUAAAGUGAGCCCAAUUUUUAUAAAUUUUUACACAGCCUGACUGCUUUAGUUCAGUUCCCGGUAUGUGUUUCACACAGGAAGAUCAUGGGUGGUGCACAGCCUUCUAACGGCAUUUCCGUCUAGAUAAUUGUUAGCUUUUCUGUAAAUAGCCACGUAAAGCAAACGUAACAAAGGUUUGAAGGUUUAGGCAAUAGCAUUGGUGUAAAUUGUAUUUGAAAUGGGUUUUCUUGGCCUUGGCCCAAAGCUGUUGAAAUCCGCCUUGCUCUUUGUCAUCAUCGGGCUAGCCCUUAGUUUCAGCCUCCAGAACCAACUAAUCUGUAUUUAUACCAAAUGAAGACCCAUGAGAGUUACUACAGGUAACAUAAUACCUGCUUAGAACCCUUUAACAGGAACUCACUUCAAACUUUCCUAAGUAUCCAUUUAAUGUAAAGGAGGAACAAUCACAAUCUGCUGUAUUAUUUAAUUUUCACAAACUUGAGUUUUGCUUCCUUGCACAAAAAAGCAUUUUGUUUUCUUUUGCAUGGCUCACAUUUUUCUCUGUCUGUGCCUUCUGAGGACAUUUUUCAAGAUGAACUUGUUCUAGACUUGCAGCUUUUUCAAGGUACACUCUGUUUCUGUCAGAUUUGUUUCUUCUGGCUUGUAAAUGCUGUACUUGAACAGUAACCAUUUGUAUUAAUGUGCCACUUACCACUCUUUUUAAGACUGGUACUAAGAAGACGAUUUUCUACAGUUUUAUCAAAGAGAAACCAGCGUGUUGCCUAGGUGUCUUGUUGGACAUGUAGCACAAUGCUUUGUAUGAUACUUAAACUGGCUUAUGUUUUCAGUGUAGUGAUUAUUUUUUUUAAUUCAGUGACUACUUUUUUUUUGUUUUUUAUUUUUUUUAUUUUUGCUAGUUAUAGUCAGUUCAUUACUUUUCACUUUGCUUUAAACUGGCUUUUUGUAUGGUUGUGAACAGUCUUCCUACUUCAACUGUGAGCAUUAUGAGCAAUAUUAACUUAUUACAAAGACCUGCUCAUCGGUUCUUUCAAUAGCUGCUUGUGAAUAAAAUGAUUUUUGAAUAAAAUCCAACACAUCAAGCUGUAAAACUGAAGUCUGGUUGCUGUUAAACCUCUAUUAGGGCUACUCAUUGGGGUACCUGAUUUGGCAAUAAAAAUGUUUGGGUUGAGA